GUCAAGCUCAACAGGGUCUUCUUUCCCCGCCGAUUCUUCCAAGCCCGUUCCCUUGGCUGUGGUUUCGCAGGAUGGUAGAUAGGGACAGUGGGAAUCUCGUUAAUCCAUUCAUGCGCRUCACUAAUUAGAUGACGAGGCAUUUGGCUACCUUAAGAGAGUCAUAGUUACUCCCGCCGUUUACCCGCGCUUGGUUGAAUCUCUUCACUUUGACAUUCAGAGCACUGGGCAGAAAUCACAUUGCGUCAACAUACGUUGGGACCAUCGCAAUGCUUUGUUUUAAUUAAACAGUCGGAUUCCACUUGUCCGCACCAGUUCUGAGUUGGCAGUUUGAUGCUUAGGGAGAGUCUCACGGCCCCACCCGAAAGGUGGGGACGGAAGAGAUUCUAUGCCCGUCGGCACACUGGCACGCGGGCUCCGCCCUCGCCGCGAGAGCAGCUCGGGCAGACCACCGGCAGCCAACGACAUCGAGGCGCAGACCCCUAGGCCCAGCCCUCAGAGCCAAUCCUUUUCCCAAGCACCCCAGCGGCAAACCGCCGAGAUCACCGCAAUCCAGACACUUCACCGGACCAUUCAAUCGGUAGGAGCGACGGGCGGAGUGUACAAAGGGCAGGGACGUAAUCAGCGCGAGCUGAUGACUCGCGCUUACUAGGCAUUCCUCGUUCAAGAUCGAUAAUUACAACAAUCUAUCCCCGUCACGAUGAACCUUAAGAAGGUUACCCGGGCCUUUCGACCCAGGCAAGCGACUCGUUGGAUUCAUCAGUGUAGCGCGAGUGCGGCCCAGAACAUCUAAGGGCAUCACAGACUUGUUAUCGCCUCAAACUAUCGUUGGCUAGUCGUCCAACAGUCCCUCUAAGAAGCUGGCCACGAGGAAAGGUCCCCGCGUAGCUAUUUAGCAGGCUGAGGUCUCGUUCGUUAACGGAAUUAACCAGACAAAUCACUCCACCAACUAAGAACGGCCAAGCACCACCACCCAUAGAAUCAAGAAAGAGCUCUCAAUCUGUCAAUCCUUKCUAUGUCUGGACCUGAAGUUCGUCAUCCAUAAAUCCAAGAAUUUCACCUCUSACAAUGGAAUACGAAUGCCCCCAACCGUCUCUAUUUAUGAUUACUCCAAUCCCGAAGACCAACGAAAUAGGACCAGAGUCCUAUCGCGUUAUUCCAUGCUAAUAUGUUCAGAGCACAGGCCUGCUUUGAACACUCUAAUUUUUUCAAAGUAACAACGCCGGCUUUGGAUCCCAGCCAAUAAAGGCAAGGAAUGCAUACCCGGCAAGAAAGGCGAAAGGGCCGGUACACGCCCGCAAGAGCGGACCAACCCCUCCCACCCAAAAUCCAACUACGAGCUUUAUAACUGCAACAACUUAAAUAUACGCUAUUGGAGCUGGAAUUACCGCGGCUGCUGSCACCAGACUUGCCCUCCAAUGGAUCCUCAUUCAAGGAGUUUACGACUGUUCUCAUUCCAAUUACCGGACUCGAAAGAGCCCAGUAUUGUUAUUUAUUGUCACUACCUCCCUAUGUCAGGAUUGGGUAAUUUACGCGCCUGCUGCCUUCCUUGGAUGUGGUAUCCAUCUCUCAGGCUCCCUCUCCGGAAUCAAACCCUAAUUCUCCG